AUGGUGCCCUUUAUUGCUGUAGCCGUGAUGCUCCUUGCUCCAGCUUUGGUUUCUAGUCAAUCUUCAAAGAUUGAGUGGUUUCCUGAAGAGAUGUACAAUCCUCAGAUGGAGCCUAGAAGAUGUGGCCUGAAUUCUGAUGAAGCCUCGUACAUAUGUGACCCCAAUGGUUUAACUGGAGAGCAUAUUCACAGCAUUAACUGGAUCCUAAGGGAUGCAGCCUACAACAGCACCAGAUGUCCCUGCAGCAAUUACUACUGCGAGACAUACCCCAGACCUUUGGGAUAUCACAUUGGGGUGGCUUUAGUGAAGAAAAUGAAGAUUCAGACCAACUUGGGUGGCAGAAGGAACUCUCUGGAAGAUCAAGGCCAGUUGUUCGCUAACACGCUGAAGGAUAAAUGGAAGAUGGGUCGCUGUGAAGAGAAUAUCAUCAUCUUUUACUCAUAUGAUGAUAGAGUGCUGGCUAUUUACGGAGGUAGGACAGCAAUGGCCAAGUUGACACCAUAUUACAGAAGUUUGCUGUCAUAUCGGGUUGGUUCACGGUUCAGUGAAGGCCAUAUCGUUGAGGCUAUUAACAACCUACUGUAUGAUCUCAAGACGGUGCUGAAUUGUGACAGCCAGUUUCAAGAUUGUGGCUUGCUGGAGAUGAGAAGUGGAGUCUCCACUGUUGGUUUUUCUACAUCCAUCACAGUUAUGGCAAUACUGUUGACAGUGUUUCAUCUCUUCUCCAUUUAA